AAGCUGACCAUCGAACAGGAAAGAAGGAACCUUCGAGGAUCCUCGCAGGGAAAGCAGUUGUCCAGUGAACUAUCGAACCUCUUCGAAGCUUUUCUUCUGCCUUAGGAAACAAACGACAAUCUUUGGCGAGAAUGAAGGUCCAUCAGUGCAUGUUUGUGUUUGCCUGCCUCGUGGUGUUCGCGGCGGCCUUGCCCGUGGAGAAGGUCGAUGAGCCGCAAACGCAGAGUGUCGCCCAGCCACUGGAUAUAGUUCAGCUGGUGCCCGAGCCCGAGGCAGCAGUCGAACGAUCGACCGAUGAGGAGGCACGCCAGAAGCGACACAUUGGCUUCGGUGGCUUGGGCUUCGGUGUGGGCGUCGGAUUGAUUGGUGGUGGCUUUGGCGGCUACGGUGGUUACCCUGGAUAUGGUUACGGUGGCUAUCCUUCGUAUGGAUACGGAGGAUACCCCGGUUACGGUUACGGAUACCGUCGCUACGGUUACCAUUACGGAGGUGGUUAUGGUUAUGGCGGUGGUUAUGGUCCGUACUUUUAAGAAGUUGAAAACGAAUUAGGUACAAAGCAGUUCAU